UAUAACAGGCAGCGGUAAAUUCUAACUGACACCGUCGCGCCGUUUUUGUCGACAGCUAGUGUCAAGUCUAGACAUAUUCGACAGACAGGGAAUGAGUGCCUCAGCUUUUCCUGGCAGCGCCUAGAACCUUCCUCAUGAAUACAAAUCUAGCUAGGUACCUCGACAUAACUUUUUCCAUAUUGACAAAACUAAUAAGGUUCUUGUCACAACGAGGUUUAUUAAUAGAGAAUCUCUUCAUAAUUGAAGUCGGCGAUCAGAGACUCCAAAGCCUGCCAGCGCUGAAGCAAAAGCUUCAAAGUGCUCAAUCCUUCGAACAGUUGCUGCAGAUCCUCGAACACAUACAAAAUCCUCAUGUCAUCUCUCGUUUGCUGCUUGAUUAUUUGGAUCAACUCCCAGAACCCGUUUUAACUUACAAGUUCUACGAUUCGUUUUUGAUAACUCAUUACAUUCGAUCCAAAACAUACAGAAUUGAAUACCAAAUGCACCUGAUUUACUCCAUGUCCCCUUCGUACAGCAGUCUUGCCGUUCAAUUGCUGACUCUUCUACACCGGUUAACGCUCAAUAAAAUAGCGAACCGCCUGGACUCUACCAUAUUGGCCUCCAAGUUUGUGCCGUACUUUCUGCGGCCGAGAGAGGAUAGCUUUCGACACGGCGAAGAAGAAAAAGAAGCUAAUUUUGACAUCGUGAAGACGUUGAUAGACGAGUGCGAACACACAUUUCAGAGCGCACCCAGGUGGGCGUAUCAGACGGUACCACCCAUGCCAAGUCCGAACACAGACGCAGACAGGCAAAACAUUGGCGUGCCCUACGUCAUAGACAUGGUGAGAAGUACGUCCGCGAGUCCGGCGUCGCCGGCUACUGAAGACGACAAGAAGGACGCGCUGUGAAACUAGGAGCAAGGGAGCAGGCACACAAAACAGCGGGACGGUUGAAACUCAUUGGACGCAGCAGAGUUGUGCGGCACGGACGAGGGACGCGUGUUGUCUCAGAAUGAGAAAGGUGGUUCACAUGUGUAGGUGAUUGGCGAAAGAGUUGCGUAGGCGUUUGGUACAAAUACUGCAAUAACAGAACUGAAGAAAUUUGUAUGUGCGUACUAAAGCGUGGCUCCCGUGAGAGAGGGGCGUAGCGAGUUCAGGCAGUCAAGGGGUUCAUGAAAAUCGACAACACAAGAACACAUUCACGCUUUUGGGAGAAGAGGUGAAGUGCGCGCGCUAUAUAAUAGAGUGCAUUAUUUUUUUUACAUUUUUUUCUGUAAUGUCGCAUAUAAUCUGGUAGGCGGCUGUCUUGCUGAUUAUGACACGAUACGUAGGGUUGGAUGGGGAUCCACUGGGCAGACUUUCAGGUGAUGCUGCGUUAGACAGCAGUCAAUUUGAAUGGUCCGAACUGGAUCAAGAUGAUGGCGCGUAUGCACCGUUUCAGCGCUUGUUUCUCGAGAACGUGCAGGAUCGAGAGCUCCUGGCGCUAGAGAAGUCGCACCCCGGGCAUCAGGAGCAGUUUCACAGGAUAUUUAUUAGCGACGAGGACAAAUUGAACGACACGGAGGAGAUUAGACAGGUGUGCAUGUCUUACGUCGAGAUGAUUAAUCUUAGGCUGAAGUACGUAUUUCCCCAUCCUCUGUUGAACGCGGGCGAAUCCGAGGUGAGGGAGAAGGACGUGAAGUCUUGGGUGAAGAGCAGGUGGACGGACUCGUUGAAUUGGGGGGACCAAGACGGUUCGGCGAGAUACGAGGCGAGUUGGAGAGAUGGGAUUAUGAUGGUUUACCGGAACAAGGAGUCGAGGGAAGAGGGGCGUGACCCGCUGUACAGCCCUCCCGUCACGAACUUAGGCGAGUACUACAGGGACUUGAACACGCUGGCUUCUAAGUGCGUGGAUGGGCCAUGUAAGACGCAUUCCUACACGAGGCUGCUGAUGCUAGAGGGGAAAUAUCGUAUGCACAAAAUUUUGAAUCAAGACAAUGAAAGACUGCAACAGAGACAAUCUUUGCGUUGUGAUUUUUACAAUGUAUAUAAGGUGGACACACACGUUCAUUUGUCAUCGUCGAUGAACCAGAAGCACUUGCUGAAGUUUAUGAAGAAGAAGUUGAGGGAGGAGAAGGACGUGACAGUUAUGUGUCGAGACAACAAGUUGCUGUCGUUGUGUCAAGUGUUCGAGAGGUUGAACUUGAAGGCGGAGGACUUGUCGGUGGACAUGUUGGACGUGCAUUCUGAUACGAAGACAUUCAAUCGGUUUGACAAGUUCAACUUGAAGUACAAUCCGAUUGGCGAGUCGUGUCUGCGCGAGUUGUUCUUGAAGACGGACAACUACAUUAACGGGCGUUAUUUGGCGGAGCUGAUACAGGAGCUGAUCACAAACAUGGAGCAAACAAAGUAUCAGUGCGCCGAAUGGAGACUGAGCGUUUACGGGCGUUCUCCGAAAGAGUGGUCACUGUUGGCUUCGUGGGUCGUUGACAACAACCUGAUUUCCAACCAGGUUCGUUACUUGAUUCAGGUGCCGCGGCUAUACGAGGUCUACAAGGUGAACAACUUGAUUGACUCUUUUCAAGACAUGUUGAGUUCUAUUUUUGAGCCUUUGUUUGCAGUCACCAUUGACCCGGCAUCGAACCCGAAGCUGCACUUGUUCCUGUAUUAUUGCACCGGGAUUGACUGCGUGGACGACGAGAGUAAGGUGGAGCCGCGCAUGGCGAGGAAGUUUCCGCCGCCGAAUCAAUGGAAGUUUCGAAAGAACCCUCCGUACACUUAUUACCUCUUUUACCUUUGGGCGAACAUCUAUGUUCUGAAUAAUCUGCGCAUGAUGAAGGGGUUGCCUACGCUUGCAUUCAGGCCCCAUAGCGGCGAGGCUGGCGAGUCGGACCAUUUGCUGUCUGCGUUUCUCUUGGCGGACGGCAUUGCUCACGGGAUCAAUCUGCGCCGUUUACCGGUCCUGCAGUAUCUGUUCUAUUUGACUCAGAUUCCGAUUGCGAUGUCUCCUCUGUCUAAUAACUCUUUGUUUUUGGACUACAGCAAAAAUCCUUUUCCUAAGUUUUAUGCCCGCGGACUGAACGUUUCUCUCUCCACCGACGACCCUCUCCAGUUUCAUUACACCAGGGAGCCUCUCAUCGAGGAGUACUCGAUUGCGGCGCAGGUUUGGAAGCUCAAUUCGUGCGAAAUUUGUGAAAUUGCUCGAAUGUCAGUUCUGCAGAGCAGCUUUCCGCACGCUUUGAAAACCAAAUGGAUUGGCCCGAACUACCACCUGCCUGGACUGAUCAGCAACGACAUUAGCUACACCAACGUGCCGCACAUUAGGAUUGCGUAUCGCCACGAGACGCUGCUGACCGAGCUCAAGCUUAUAUGUUCGUCUCUGGCGCACCUGAACGUCAAUUUGGGGUACUUCGAGUCGCAGAUCCACCAGGGGGUGGACUUUUUGUCGAAGAGUCAAUCUGCGGCGGAGCGGCUAGUGAAGAAGGGUUGAUAAAUCGUGCUUCAGUGUUUGA